AUUUUAUUUUAAUAUAAUCUUUAUUGUUGAUGAUGAUAAUAAUAAAUAAUAUAUAAUAUUGUCAGUUGUAGUUACAAGCUUGGGAAUAAGGUUUUUUCAAAAAAUUCACGUUGCACGCAUAUAUAGUAGCGUAUUUGUUAAAUUUCGCUCACACACACGCACGCACGCACACACCGUAAUGUCUACAUUAACUUGGAUCGAUGCAGACACCGUCAAAAAACUCUUAAAUAGGGAUGACCUGUUUAAGCUACUGGAAGCCGGUAUGGGACAAUACUCCCUCGGUAUCGAUAGCGGUAUCGUUCAACCGGUUCGGUGUACCGUUGCGGUACAGGAUGUAGAAGGUUACUUAGGAACCAUGCCUUGUUAUAGUAGAUCCCACGGAAUCCUGACGACAAAGUUGGUUUCAUUUUAUCCCGGAAACGUCCGGGUACCAACGCAUCUUGCAUGGAUCAUGCAUUUCAACCACUUGGACGGAACCCUAUUGGCUUUGAUGGACGGAGAGGUGAUUACGAAUGUUAGGACUGGUCUCGUGUCAGCCGUUGCCACUAAGUAUUUGGCGGGAAAGGAUUCAAAGAUCCUGGCAAUCUUGGGAGCAGGGACUCAGGCCAGGAGUCAUUACGUCGCCAUGUCCUCUCUAUACCAGUUCAAACAAGUACGUAUUUGGAAUCGAACGAAACAAAAUGGCGAAAAGUUUGCGGAUGAGAUAAGAAGUGGAUCGCUGCUUGCAGUACAAGACGCUACUUCUACCACUACCACUACUACUACCACUAUGACCACAAAUAAUAAUAAUUGGACUGUCACGUGUUGCGACACGGUAGAGGAAGCGGUGAAAGACGCUGACGUCAUCUGCGUCGCCACCUUUGCCACUGAACCGAUUCUCAAGAAAAAAUGGGUCAAAAACGGAGCUCAUAUAAACGCCGUUGGUGCGGUAAGGCCGAAUUGGCGGGAACUAGAUGACGAUCUGAUGACGUCAUCAGUGGUGUACACGGACACCAGAGAUGGCUGUCUUCUCGAAUCUGGUGAUGUCAUACUGUCCAAGUGUAAGAUAUACGCAGAGAUAGGCGAGGUGAUCAACAAAUCGAAGCAGUCCUACCAGGAUGAAACCACUAUCUUCAAAUCUGUUGGUAUGGCUAUUGAGGAUGGCAUAUGUGCGAAGUAUAUCUACGAAAAGCACACGAGUACCAACUGCACUUAGUCCAAUGCAGAUGUAUGUGUGCAUGAGAACAUUGCACUAUUACUCCGUAGAGAGAAUAUUCAAAUGCUGGUCGCACCGAUUUAACUACAAUCACAUACAUCAAUCGAUCAAUCAAUCAAUCAAUCAUUCAAUUAAUUAAUCACUCAACCGAUGAAUGAUUAACAUUCCACAUUAACGACACAACCAGUCAACAAACCCUGUUCCUUUCUUAAAUUUUCGCACAUCUUAUAGAUUUAUUAAAAUAAUAACUUUUUUCGUUUAAGAAAUUUUAAAGUUUUAUUCCUGAAAAAAAUGGCGUAGCGUAGAAGAGAAUGGAGAAAAUGUCGUUAUUCUCUGCCGAUUACAUACGCACAAACACAAGCAAACUCACAAAUAGAUGUAGGGCUACACGUACAGGCUCAAACAAAUCAGCACAUAUUCACACGUACUUAUAACAUAUGUAAACACAUGCACAUAUAUUUGUAUUUAUUUCGUUUUGUUUUUCAGUUUUUACUAAAAAAUUUGGAACCAGAGGAAAAA